ACUUUUAUAAUAAUUCCAUGUUUUAGGUCUACGCCGCGAAAUAAGGUAGGAACUUGAUUCUACUGACUGAGCACUGCGCAUGUCCCUCCUCCUCACAGCAAUACGUUUGAAUUUGACAUUUGUCAAUUGUCAUUGCUGCCAAUUUCAAUAGGUACUGAUAAUAGUUAUCAAAUAAAUUAGGCGCGAUACUUGUAUUUGGUACAAAAUAUAAGUGAUAGUAGUUUUCUAUGAAUUGGCGUUAAAAAGAACCGGCAUUUCAAGACCCAGCUUUAACGAACGGAGUAAUAGAUGAAUUGAAUACCGUGUACUACACUGACUACAAUGCAUUAGAUACUCGGCGAUUGCGAACGUUGAAAGACUACGUUAGUAAAAUGUUUUUGCCUGUAUUGAUAUUAUUGUUUACUCCGAGGAUUUUCUGUGAAGACGACGAAAACGUGACUUAUCCACAAGAUGAUUACAAAUGUUCUCUGCCUGAUGUAAAGAGUUUGGACGCAAAUCUAGACAUUACAAGAUUUAGAUCGGAUUUCUCGAAAAUAUCAGAGGUGAAAUUUCCUGGUCUGAUAGGUCCUUUGAAUGAGAGGCUGAUAUGCAAAAUUAAAUGUAUUGAUGGCAACUGGGUGGGACCUCUUUGCUCUAACACUCCAGAUGGGAGAUUCCAGCCCAUAUUAAGAGAAUGCCUAUAUAAAAAUGAACAUCCUCUCUUGGCUAUAUCUUUCAAGAAUUCAUCCAUAAAUAAAGACACACAUUUCCCCCAUGGGUCGGUGUUAGUAUCCCGGUGCAAGCACUUUGGCUUGUACAAGAUGAAAGGUGACAAUAUGAUACAUUGUGAAAACGGAGAAUGGGCUCCUAAGCUACCUGAAUGUGUACCAACCUCGGUUGUUACCAACUUUACAGGAGAUGCGCCGCCAACGAUUCAGUACACUAUAGUAAGCGGGUCGGCAGUGGUGGAGCAUUCGGGGGAGUUGUUCGUGUUCCCCGACAGCACCCUGCGACUCGACUGCGUGUCGCGUCGCGCCCUUGGCGACCCCGAGUGGAGCUGGACACAGGCCGUUGGGCAACACACUUCUGCAUGGUCGAGCGAAGAAGGCGAGAAGGAUUCGCAUUAUCGGCUGACGCUGAGCAAGAUGUCCGUCCGGCACAGCGACCAGUACACGUGCACCUCGCCCGGAGGACACACCAACACCGUCAGCAUUAAAGUUGUUAAUGUGGUGUGUCCAGCAGUGAUAGUGACGUCACAAUACAUUCGGCAGUUCACACAGGGAACGAAGUUGGGCAACUCGGCGCAUUUCAGUUGCCAGCCAGGGUUCCACCUAAAUGGAUCGGCUAUACUCACCUGCAUGGGCAACGGUCAAUGGUCAUCACUACCGCCGACAUGCGAAGAAACCUUCUGCCCUAUGCUGAAGACUUUGGGUCCUCAUCUGAGCGUCGUAGAGUACAACUCUUCGUUUGGCGGCCGUGCAAUGUUCCAAUGUAGUUGGGGCUACCGACUGGUCGGUGCGCCGGGCUUGGAGUGUGAAAUGGAUGGGAAAUGGUCCGGAGAAGUACCUCACUGCAUUCCAAUAUACUGUCCUGGGCCGCUGGUGCCGACAAAUGGGCGCUUACUGACGGAGCCCUCGAUAAACAACGGCAAGUACCCGGUUGGCGACUUGAUGAUAUAUUCCUGCGACGAUGGCUACGAGAUUGUCGGUGAAUCCUCUAUUGUCUGCACAGAAAACGGAUUUUGGUCCCACCCUCCACCAUUUUGUCUACCACCCUCUGAGAUACGAAAAACAGAUACUAUUUAUGUAGAAAACACUACACUCAUUCAUAUAGAAGAUUAAAUUCGUGUUUGUAUAAAUAAAGCACGAAACAAAUGUUUUUGUUAUUUCAUAAGUUAUUUAUUUUACAUGUUGCGCAACAGGACUUUUUAGGUUGUUGUAUUCGUUGUAUAAAUAUUUAUAUUUUGCCUCAGAAAUAGUUAAAUAAGAAAAAAAUAUAAAUUGUAUAAUAAUUUGUCGAUUUGUAUCGUUAAUUUCUUACAAUAUAAAAAUAAUAGUGAUUGGUUAGGCUUGACUGUUUAGUUCUCAUU